AUGUCUCAGUCCCCUCCUUCAGAAGUUCUUCAGGAAAUUUUUAAAUAUUUGGAGGAUGACUCUUAUUAUUUACAUUCUUGUGUGUUAGUUAAUCGUAUUUGGAGCGCAAAUGCUGUUCAACUAUUAUGGAAUAAACCUUUUCAUCUUUUACUCAACAAAAAAUUUAAUUCUUCUCAUUAUCUAAUCUCUACUUAUUUAUCAUGUUUAGAUCCUGAUGAAAUAUGUAGUCUUGAUUUACAUUCAAUCCUUCAACAAAAUUCUUCCUCUUCAAAAAAUUUCCUUCCUACCUUUAAUUAUCCUUCUUUCUUAAGACAUUUUGCUUAUUUAUCUAUGAUUGUUUCCGUUCAAGAAUGGUGUGUGAUUAAUAACCUUUAUGUUGGUGAUGGUAGUCCAAUUAUGCAAAAGAUCAUGUUAGCUUUAUUUCGUUUAUUUGCUAAACACUCCAUGGGUCUUGAAUCUUUCUCUUUCGUUAUGGAUAUGGAUGUUAACAUUAAUCAUGGAUUAAGUUAUUAUGAUAAUAAAUUACAACAUAAGAUUUUAAUUUUACGUGAACCAAUAAUUCGACAAUGGUUAGGUCAAAUUAAAGAGUUUGAAUUCGCAGGUGAUUUUGCUACCGAUAAAGAUUUUCCUUUUUUAAUGCAGAUUUGUCGACAUCUUAUAAAGAUGGAAGUCAGAUUACCUGAUUUUGGUUAUAACGAUGACGAUGAACAUUAUGAUUCUAGUGCUGAACUUACCGCUCGUUUCAUAGAAUCACAAAACAAAUUAGAACAUUUCAUCCUUCGUGACUGUCAUUACCCUCAAGCGUUAGGUACAGCACUCAUACGCCAACAAAAUACUCUACGUUAUAUACAAUUUUGUGAUAUAGUGUUUGAUAAAUGGUGUCCUCUGGAUUGGUUACCGAAAUGUUUUAAUCUUGAAAUCUUAGAAUUUUGUGAUUCUGAAAGUUUGAGUUCUAAAGUUUUGGCUCCUCUUAAAUUAGCUCCGCUUACAAAACUCCAAUCUAUAACCUUUAAGGAAGAUCCUGUUCCAGUUGAUACUUUGGAAUCUUUAAUUUUAGCUAGUAACUUGAAUUUAAAAGAAAUUAUUUUUGGAUGGCCUGAAGAUUGUAAACAAGAUGGUUAUGCUCAUAUAUUAAAUUCUAUUUCGUUGAAUUGUCCAAAUCUUGUGAGACUCGGUGCUAUGAUCGGUCCAAAUGAAAUAGAUGAAUUAUUUGGAAUUUUAAAAAGUUGUAGAAAAUUAAAAUAUUUACAUAUUUAUGGGAAUGGUAGACCAUUUGAUGUGAGUGAUAUCUUACCAGAACUUGGAAAAAUCAUGCCUAGAACUUUAAUAUAUUUAAAUAUUUCAGCUAGAUGGAGAUUUAUGCCUGAUAGUCUAAAACAAUUUUUGGAAAAUUGUAGUUUAUUAAUUGAAGAACAACAUGAAGUGUUCAAAGAUGGGGUUCCUUUGAAAAAUUUUGUUAUAAAUAUUUGUGAUUUUAUUAAUGACGAACAUUUGAGAAUUUUGGUUAGACAUUCAAUGAAAUCUUUAAAAUUUUUUUCUUUAUGGAAUAUGAAAUUUAUGGUAAGCGAAGCUGGAAUUGAUAAAGCAAGUCAAUGGUUAAGAAAAUCUGUAGUAUAA